AUGGCGAGUUUCAGACGCGACAACAAAAGUCAAACAUCUCCGACUUCAUUGAUCCAUUCAUCCAUUCGAUCGUUGAAUCACGGCGAUGAUACCAUGGCCGGCUUCCUGCAAUCCUCGCUGAUAUGGAUCGUCUAUGCGAUCGUGGUCGCGGUUCUGCUGGCGGUCGCUUCAAUAUUCAUAUACAUCUACCAGACGCCUCGGGACCGCUCACCAUUUGUGACCUUGGUUUCUAUCAUCACCAUCACUGCUCUGCUCGCCACAGUUCUGCUGCAACCAGUUGACGUCGCCCUUGUGUCUUCGACAACAUCUUCCAAGCUCGGCCGUCGCAAAGACUGGGCGUCGCAAGAACAGGUGGACAAGAUCGUUUUCUCGCUGAAAGUGGUCUACUAUCUACUGUAUUCCUUGGAUGCGGUGCUUUGCUUGCUGGUUGUGCCAUUUACUUACUUUUGGUAUGAGGAAUAUGAUGAGGUUGCGGCAGAGGAAGGCGAGCAGACAGUUGGGAAACGCCUCUGGGGCGCUUUCAAGUAUACCAUUGCCUUUAUUCUUCUUGCCGCUAUUCUAUUCCUCGCUGGGUUUUUCAUUCCUAUUCGCGGCCUAGAAGGGGAUCGAGAUCUGGAUUUCUUCAAGAAACUGUUGACUGAGGGUCAUGGCGAAAGAGCGCUCACCUUCGCUCUGGGCCUGCUUCUCACAUUAGGAACAUGUCUUUAUGUCUUAUAUACAUCAGCAGGAUUUGCCUUCUUACCUAUCACUCUCAUAAAGACUGCGCCCACCAUUUCGAACCCAUCGCUCAAAGCAAGUACUACAUCACAGCUUGAAGGGAACCGCGAACGCCAACGCCAGUUGAAUGCGCGAUGUGGCGGAGACCCCGACCAGCUUUCGUCCAAAGACCGUAGGGAAUUAGACGGCUUAGUGCGAGAAGAACGAACACUCAUCAGGAGGCAGCGCUUAAUCGAAGAAGCACAAGGUUCUGGGCGCAGUUGGCUGAUUCGGGUAUGGUACAAAGUCGAGACAGUUUUUCGCCCCUUCAAGCUCCUCGGUGGCAUUGUACUUCUUCUCGUCGCGAUCUUGAUCUGGGUUUCCAUGCUCCUCACGGCCAUAGACAAGGCCAAGAACUCGGUCUGCAAGCAGAAUUGCGGAUAUAUCCUAGCCCACAUCAACGUCUUCAACCCAGUCAACUGGAUCUUCGUGCAGUCAGCCCGCGUCUUCCCUGUGGACUAUGUGCUUUUCGCAUUAGUGGUGCUACUCUUUUUCACCAGCUCGGUAGUCGGCAUAGCAACCGUCGGUAUCAGAUUCCUCUGGAUCAGGAUCUUCCAAAUCCGCAAAGGCCAUACCUCGCCGCAGGCACUCCUGCUAGCAACUGUGAUGCUUACAUUGAUUACCUUGGCCCUGAAUUACGCCAUGUCAAUGAUUGUCGCCCCUCAAUAUGCGACUUUUGGUCCGCAGACUUUUUGCGACAAAUCACUUAGCUCCUCUGCUAAUGCGCAGCCCGACUGCUCGAAUGAUAGGGAUCUUGUAAAGCCGUGUACAGAGCUUGCUGAUAAUCCUUCGGCAAAAGCGGUAUGCACACCGAGUGUGGUGAGCACAUUUUUUAACCGGGUCACCUUGAAUUUCCCGUACUUUGGUGUCAUCAUCUUCUGGGCACAGUUUGCAUUUCUAGGUCUGUACCUCCUAUUUCUAAUCACUUCGCUAUUCCGCACGCCGAAAUUGGACGAGCGCCAGAUCGACGAGGAUGCCGAGGAGGCUGAAGAGGAAGGGUUGUUGGCUAGCACAGGUCGGCGUUUCAAUGCUACCUGGCAAGAUAUCAGGGAUGAAUCCGCUUAG